AUGCACUUCGGUCAUCCUGGAUUUAAGACUUCCGAAAUGAAGUUAACUCUCUGCGACAAACAAAAUACGGUUUUUAGUAGCUUUCACCGGCGAUUCAAAGGCAUAAAUAUCUCUCACAUAUUUAGUAUGAUUGAAAUCUAUCUAUCUAUCUAUCUAUCUAUCUAUCUAUCUAUCUAUCUAUCUAUCUAUCUAUGUCUUCUCAUAUUAAUCAAUCUCACUCUAACUAUUUUUCUCUCUCUCCCUAUGUAUCUAUGUCGGCACAUAUCAAUUAAUCAAUCUCUUUAUCUCUCACAAACUAUCUCUCUACGAUUGCUCAUAUCAUUCAAUCUCUCCCACUCUCUCUCUGUUUGUAUCUAUGUUUCGUUUCAUACUAAUCUAUCUAUCUAUCUAUCUAUCUAUCUAUCUAUCUAUCUAUCUAUCUAUCUAUCUAUGUCUUCUUAUAUCAAUCAAUCUCUCUCUCCCUAUGUAUCUAUCUAUAUCGGCUCAUAUCAAUCAAUCAAUUUCUCUCUCACUGUCACAGGUACUAUCUAUCGAUCUAUGAUUGCUCAUAUCGAACAAUCUCUCCCAUUCCCUCUCUCUCUUCUCCAUCUCUGGUUAUAUAUUAUUUUCCAAGCCGACUCGCCUGACACUUACUGGUACUCUUCAUUUAGUAGAGGUGGGUGUGAUGCCUAA